CCUAAUCUGACAUUGUUGUUAUACUGUGUUUGUCGAUAUUUGUGUUUUUUUUGCUAAAUAAUAUAAUACAAUUAGUUGAAUUCUACACUAAACCAGCUUUUCUAAUGUAAAUAGCGAAUGCAAUUAGAUUUAAGUCUAUAUAUAAGAAAUUCAACAAUAUGACGACGAAAAAGGGAAAAGGUCCAACAUUUGAUGGUGGUUUGUGUCGAUGCUGUGGAAAUAUGAAAAAAUGCCGUGUUUUGAACAUAGAAUACGAGAGUUUUGGUGAAAAGGAAGUAUAUUCGGAUAUGAUCAUGGAUUGCUUCAGUUUACUGCUAUCCCACUUGGACGGGGUGCCUUCCGAGCGUCUGAUCUGUGCCACCUGUGUAAACAGGAUCCGUGACGCGCUCAGCUUCAGGCGACAAGUGUUGAGGUGCGAGGAGGCAUUCCUGCAGAUGAAGAUAUAUGAUGCUAAGGCUGAUGACUCAAAGCCAGGCAGUCCGUGGCUGCCCAAACUGGAUGUGGAUGUGGUAGUGAAAGCUGAGCCGGUGGCCACAGACCCGCGCAGUGAUGACGAACACUGUGCCGAUGCGCUAGCUGAUGCGCCCGAAGACGACCUAAAACCGGACAAAAUGGACGCCGAUCCGGUUAACCCGGUUGACCCUGACGACCCGGAUGACUUGCCCCUAACCCAUCACAUGACUAAGCCAGAACUCACGCUGUCGAGUGAACUGAUGGAGGGAAAAGAGCUAUCACCACCACCGGUUGAAAUGAGGAAAAGUCCCAAAAAUAGGGUGGUUAAACCUAUUGUUAAUAGUAAUAGGGUGGUUAAACCUAUUGUUAAUAGUAAUAAAAUACCGAUGUCAAAAAUGCAACAAUUAAUGCGCGAGAGAGACUCAACAUACAUGAUGGAAACCAACAUUUUAACAAUAGUAGAAUACUCUUACGUCUGCCCUUUCAAAUGUAGACACAACCACUUGCUCUGUUACUACUGCGGUGAACUACACUCAGACCCUGCUUUACUAAGAAACCAUACCAUUGAACUACAUCACCCGAAGAAAUUUAAAGUCACCGAGCACAAGAAAAUGGUCAAAAUUGACCUCACAAGAAUUGAUUGUAGACUGUGUGCUAUAAAAAUAGAUAAUUUGGAAGAUUUUAAAAAACAUAUAUCGAGUGUACAUAAAAAGAAGUAUUAUUUUAAUCAUAAGGAUUCUGUGUUGCCGUUUAAACUGACUCGGGAUGAGUUGAAGUGUGCUAUUUGUAAUGUGUUGUUUCCGUACUUUCAUGCGCUGAAUAAACAUAUGAAUGAACAUUUUAGUAAUUAUGUGUGUGAAACUUGUGGUUUAGGUUUCGUCGACAAAGGCCGCUUCAUGAUGCAUCAACAACGCCACGAACAAGGCGACUACCCCUGUCCCGACUGCGGGAAAGUGUUCAAGGCGCAGUACAACAAGGAGCUACAUGUAGACCGCGUGCACAGGAAGAAGGGACGCGUCUACUGCCCCAAGUGUGAUGUUAAACUCAUGUCUUACCCGCAGAAGUUGAAGCAUUUGGUCGAGGUACACGGUGAAGAGCCUCUAAGCUUCCCGUGCACGAUGUGUGAAAGGAUAUUCGACACUAGAAGAACAUUAACUAUACAUAGACGGAAAGACCAUUUGAAAGAUUUUAGAUACGAAUGCCAAUGCUGCGGCCAAAAGUUUUUCACCCGCUUCGCUUUAAACAACCAUAUGCCUACCCACACGGGUGAAAGGAACUUCAAGUGUAAAGUCUGUGAAAAAAGCUACCCCAGACUGAAAACCCUGAAAGACCAUAUGAGGAUUCACAGCAAUGAUAGAAGGUACCGUUGCCAUGUGUGUGGACAGGCCUUUAUACAGAACUGCAGUCUGAAAGGGCACGUGAAGAGCCAGCAUCCGGAGUAUCAUGUUGGUAUUUAAGUUAGAACGUCAGAAUUAGGUCAAUUUGGCGGCCAUGUAGUCACUUUCUCAGUCAAACAGCCACUUUGUUAAAUAACAGCCACUUUGUCAGUCAUAUAGUCACUUUGUCAGACUAUAGUCACUUUGUCAAACAAGAGCCACUUUGUCAGACAAAAGCCACAUUGUCAAACUAUAGACACAUUGUCAGACAAAUUACCACUCUUUCUCGGUCUUCUAUUAAAGUUGAAAUGCAAAAUAAGAAAGAAAUAUUUAAAGACCACAUCAAAGAAUAUCAUGUUGAUAUGUA